AUGGAGCGGCUCCAGACGAAAAGGUUGGUGACGCGAGCCGAAAUUGAACAUCUAAGCGAGGAGAUCCAAGCGGCGGUGUCAAUUGAGGACUUCAGGCCUCAUCACGAAGAAAGCCUCGCAGAAAUAACGGACGAGCUGGAUGCCCUGGCAAGGGAACUCAAGGAGCAAGAUGCGCUCAUCGAGGUCCACGUAAAGAGCGGGAACCUCGCCGAAGAAUACAGGGCCGUCAGGGAGACACAAAGUUUCCGAAAGGCGAUCCACGACAACAUCGAGCUCUCCGGCGUGGAGAAGUUUCUAUACCUGCGGACGGUGCUGACGGGCAACGCGCCGGCGGCGGUAAGCGGCAUUCAAGCAACGGAGAGCAGCUACGCUUAUGCCAUGGAGCUUCUAAAAGAGAGAUUUGGCAAGAAAGACGUCCUUGUUCAAGAACACCCCACGCAGCUGCUGAACCUGCCAAAAGUGAAGGCGCUGAGUGACAUCGGAGCCCUCCGUCGUUUACACGAUCACGUUCAUUGCAACAUCGCUUCGCUGAGGACUUUGGGCAUCGACUCUGACAGCUACGGGGCAAUGCUGUGUGCUGCGUUGUUCUGCGUCCUGCCCGCUGACUGGGCCGUGGACUUCUACAAGAGUCACAGUACUAGUAAUGAAACACCGGAAAGCUCAAAUCUUGAGGCUGUCCUGCGAUCGAUGCGUGCAGAGCUGUAUAGCAGAGAGAAGUUGGUGGCAAACCCUCAAACGACGGGUGCCCUUUUUGUUCCUCCGAAUUACAUGAAGUGCCGCAAUGUAACUCUGCGAUUCCGAUCGAAGAAAAGAAGAGACGGCUAA